AUGGGAACUGGCUUGGCCAGCAAUGCCAAUAGUGAAGAUGAAGAAGGCAUUGUGCCACGAUGCAUUGUCGAGUUGUUCAGAACCGUACAGCAACGUGUUGAUGAAGACCCAGAUUACAGCUACGAGAUUUAUGUGUCGUUCUUGGAGCUCUACAACGAAGAACUCAUUGAUCUCCUGAAUCCACAAACCAUGCAAAAAAAGAAAUCCGGCAGUUCCACAAGCGCCGUCGAAGUCACCAUACGAGAAGAUAUCGCCGGUAACGUGUACUGGAGCGGUGUCAAAGAAGAACGAUGUUACAGCCCUGAAGAACUAUUAGGCUUCUUGGCCAAGGGGUCAUUAUGUCGAACAACGGGUUCCACCGAUAUGAACACGGUGUCUUCCCGUUCCCACGCGAUCUUUUCAGUCAUACUAAAACAACAACGCCCUGAAGAAAACGGCAAUGGCAAAGUCGCCAAAUCUCUUGUCAGCAAAUUCCAUUUUGUCGAUUUAGCAGGCUCAGAACGACUGAAACGAACAAAUGCUCAAGGAGAUCGAGCAAAAGAAGGCAUCGCUAUCAAUGCGGGAUUACUUGCGCUUGGCAAUGUCAUUUCUGCGUUGGGCGACGAGCAUCGACGAGCAGCCCAUAUACCUUACCGUGACAGCAAAUUGACACGGUUACUGCAAGAUUCUCUGGGCGGCAACAGUCGAACGCUGAUGCUGGCUUGUGUCUCACCUUCCGAUACCAAUUUUAUGGAAACAUUAAAUACCCUUAAAUACGCUAAUCGUGCUCGGAAUAUCAAGAACCGGGUCACCAUUAAUCAGGAUUUUGCCGGCAGCUCUAUCGAAGUCAACCAGCUUCGCGCUCUUGUCACGCGACUACGCAUGGAACUUGCUUCCAUGCGCGCAGAAGACGCCACCGACCAUUAUGCGGGAUCGGCCAAUCACCGCGAGAACGAUGUACGCACGCUGAAAGCUGAAAUGGCGCGUUUGCGCGAACGGCUUCAGGACAUGUCGGCAGAAUUAAUUCAAGCAACCAGUGAACGAGACACCCUUUUGAUGGAACGUGAACUGGGCGAAUUCAUGGAAAACGCAAGCGACGAGCCAAUUUCAGACAAUCCCGUAACGGCGGACGAGACGACCUCAUCGCGUUUGCAAACGCAUCCCAUGAUUGUCAAAUAUCAGCGCACCAUUCAGGAACUAACCAAUGAAUUGAGUGACACUCGUGAUCGAUUGACAUUCCUCGAAAAUGUGAAACCGUCCAUGCAAGCCAUGGCGAUGGCCAGCACCUUGCCUACCCAUUCCGCCAGUUUUUCCAGCUCCACCAAACCCAGUACCGAAGCUAGCAUGUCCGGUCAACGUCGUCGUCGUACGGUGCGCCGUCGUCGUCAAGGCAAACUCAGCGCCACCUCAAGCGCCACCAGCAUGACCGCCCACUCCAUUCGAUCCACGCGACGGUCCAAUGUGCCCCGCAUAGCAGCCCGUACACGUACCAGUUCAAGUGUCAUUGAAUAUGAAGACGAAGACGAAGGCUUCAGCCAAGACUCUCAGGAACACACAAGACAAGAAGUUAAAGACCAUAUUGCCAAAGCGCGUGCCGAUAUCCGCAAAAGUAUGGAAAUUCUUCAGCUCAUCAAGCCUUUGGAAGAAUCGCCCGAUGCCUGGGAAAAUGAAUUGACGGCAUUCAAACAAUCGGAAGAGUCACUUCAUCGCCACACACCAUCCGAUGAUGAAGGCAUGUUUUCUUCCGCCUCAUCACCUGUCGAGCCAAAUGCGCGCGACAUGUUGGAUGAAAUUCAGUCUUUGGCCGUAUCCGUAUGGGAUCAAGACGAAGAAGCAGAAGAAGAACGGUCGACCGCGCCUUCUGAAGACAGGGCGGCAUUUUCCAAUACAGAGGGUAGCAGCAUGUCGAGUUACCCGGAUUCCAAACCAUCGUCGCUGUCGCGUGAAUCACUUCAUUUCAAUUCAAAACUGACCCGCAUGCUGCAUCAGAUCCAAUCGGACAUCAAAGUCAAGGAGGAACUGGUAUCGCAUCUUGAGAAAUCCGAAACCGAAUAUACCUACAUGCGACGAAAAUUCGACGACAAGAUCCAUCAGCUGCAAUCCCAACUGUGCGAACUUCAAAAGGAACGUGACACAGCCCUGAUGCGACUCCGAUCCAACAUUGCCACCAAAGCCGAUAUUUCCAAUCAAGUGCGUGAACGACAACAAUCCAUUGAAAUACGCCAUGCCUAUGAAGCCAAAACCAAAGCAUUGCUGGCGGAAAUCCACGAGUUGAAGCGAAAAUAUGCUCAAACCAACAUGACGAUGCAGUCGCAUCGAAACCAAAACGAAACCAUGUUGAAAUCGCUCAAGGUGAACGUCGAAACGCUGAAGAUGGAGAAGAAACGCAUGAUCAAGCGCAUGAAGCAAGAAACCGAGCGGGUAAAAGAACAAAUGACGAUGCAGGAACGCCGUAUUCAGCAGUUGCAACGUCAGCAAAUGGAAGCGAAUUCGGCGCGACGACGUCUGGAACGAGAACAUGAAGCACAAAAACUGACGUUGAAAAAGCGCAACGAAGAAGUCAUGAUCAAUGCCAGUCAGCUGAAACAGCUUACCAAUAUCCUCAAAAAGGCGGUGCGUGAAGGGGGCGUGCUCGAUGAACGCUUGCUCGGUAAAGUGUCGCACAUCAUGGGCGGCAGUUUUGCCAUUCUCACCCGUGGCAACCACGGCUUCUCACGGCGGUUUGGACGUAAGAAGAUCAAUCCCAUUCCAGUUCACAUUCGCGCCACACGAAAGAAGGAACUACUGGAUAAAGCUGUCGGUCAGUACAUCCAAGGAAAGCAAGCGUUGGUGGAAAUGGAGCAACUUCUCCUUCGUCGUGAACGCUUGGCGGAAGAAAAGCUCGAACUUGUCGAAGAACGCAAGCAAGUGUACCUUGCUGAAAAGCAGAAUGCCGGGGACACGGGGGAAACCAUGGACACCAUGGCGCUGGAAUUCAUGGAUGAACGCAUUGAACUGAUCUCGGCAGAAAUCUCGUAUUUGUCGGCUCGUAUUCGUGCGCUUCAAUCGGAAGCCGCAGGAGAAGUGAUGCGGGGAGACGAUGGAGCGGUGGAAACGGCGCCUCCUCCAAGAGUGGAAAAGCACGUCACCUUUGCCGACGAGAUCAUUGCGGAUGAUGCCGUCAAUGAUGAAUGGGCUGAUAUGGAUGCUUUUGAGGAACAGUACAGCGUUCCAUCACACGCAGCGCCUGAAAUGGCUUACGAUAUGACCACCAAGCUCUUGAAAUCAUUGGAAGCUGACGAAUGUGUACAAAUCAUUGAAGCUCUCGUGGACGAUCUAAUGAAUCUUCGGAUGAGCGAAUGCAACCGACAAGUGACGAUGCAAAACCUGGAAAAGACGGUCCUCGACUUGCGUCGCACCUUGGUCGUCAUGAAACGCGCAGCUAUUGCCACCACCGUAGAAAACGAACGACGUAUUCGCAAAUUGGAAGAUCGAAACAGCAACCAGCAUCAGCACGAGGAUGAGGACAGUGCUAUUGAUGUUAAAAUUGAAGAGUAUAUCAAUAACGGCAAUACCAUUUUCGACAAAAUUUACGAAGAUGGACUUCGCGGUUUGAUCAGUACGCCAGAACCGGCCAUUGGUCAUGAUUCACGCGGCUCAUCGGCUAUGUCGUUUGAUGGGGAAGCUACUAUCACUCCGUCACCAACCCAACCGAAUCUACCCAUCAACAGUGUCACGGUCUCUGGCCCGCCCAUGGAUAAGAUGGUGCGAAACAUGAUGAUGACCCGUGACUUGACGCCUUCACCUGACCGGUUUUACAAUAUGAUCCAAAAGCGAAUCUCGUGGCAACAACACAAUACCGAUCCUUCCGAGUCUCCUAUUCCCAUGACGAUGGCGAAUCCCGCAGAAUUUGCACGCUACGCUGCCGACCGUGAUUCGUCCACGUCGUCUAUUCGCAGCAGCCAUUUACGUCGCUCGUCGUUGCAAUCGGAUUUUUCGUCAUCGCAAUCGCAAAAUUCGUGGCACCAACCGACAAUGCAUCCACCCAAGGUGGUGAUGGCAGCGAGUCAGUCGUUACUUCGUAAACGGUCGCAUUCGUUACAACAGCCACCACCUGCAGCUGGCAGACGACGUGCAUCUUUCCGUGAACUUUCGUUAAUGAACGAUGCCGCCCCCUUGGCCGUGGAUCAAGGUAUGGAUCCUUAUCAACAACGAGUUCACGCUCUACCGCCUUCUUCUUCAUUGGCGUAUCCACGGCAACCUUCGUCCAGACGAUCGUUGCCUCCUCUCCCUCCUCCCAGUGGCGUGAGCAUGUCAACAAUUGAACGCUGUGGCACACCUUCAUCGGGCAAUGUAUUUGAUCGACUCUCUCAGACCCCGACACGAGCGUCCAGAGCCAAGAUGGCCCAUCGACACAGUAGCGGCAGUGUGGAUGAACUCCGACAUCGUUGGGAAACAGAGCAACGUUCCAUCCCAGCUUUAGCUUCAGCAGCAGCAGCAUCAGCAGCAGGUUCAGGUUAUUCAGGGUUCGGUGAUGAUCAAGAACAAAGGAUACGUGCAUAA